CAAACACAUAGAAACAAGAACGUAAAAAAUCAAAACAAUCUUCAAAUUUAACUAAAGUCACUCAAUUUAUAGCUUUAUCAUGGACAAGAUCGAUUUAUUUCAAUCAUUAAAGGAUGAGCCAUUGGAACUAAGUUUGCCAGACAUAAAGAGUGAGGUAAAUGAUGAGGAAGAAGACAAUAACGAAAGAAAUACUAAAGAAACUGGAGAUGAUCAGGAUGAUGACGAUGAUUUAAGUAGCUCUAUUCCUACAACUUCCAAUAAUGUGUUCGAUGAGGCUUUUAGACGUAAACGGAAACUGGACAAACAAAAUCGGAAGGAAUUGGAAGAAGAGGAACGCGAAAAAAUGCUUGUAUUAGUGUCAAACUUUACGGAGGAACAAUUAGAUCGAUAUGAGAUGUACAGACGUGCAGCAUUCCCAAAAGCACCCGUAAAAAGACUAAUGCAGACAAUUACUGGAUGUUCUGUAUCUCAAAAUGUUGUGAUAGCUAUGAGUGGAAUUGCCAAAGUAUUUGUCGGAGAAGUCGUUGAAGAAGCUCUCGAUGUCGCAGAAGGUUGGGGCGAUUCAGGACCUAUUCAACCAAAGCACCUGCGAGAAGCAGUAAGACGACUCAAAUCUCGAAACAUUGUGAGCGUGGGAAAGAACAAUCAAAAUGUCAAGUUCUGAAAGUGCGUGUUAAAUUUAAACAUGUUCUACAUUAAUUUUAAGAAAAUAGAAUAAAGGAGGUUCAUUAACCAUUAUUAAGCAUAAAAUUCUGAUAAGAAUACACUUCCAUUC